UUUUAAACCCCUUUCGGGGCCUCUUUUCCAGAAUAUAAUCAAUGCAGGAUGACCUAGAUAUCGGGAGAAACAGAUAACGAUGGACGCCAGAUCUGAGAGGCUGUUUCUUGGACUUGAUUUCAGUACUCAACAAAUCAAAGCAGUUGCUAUAAAUGAUGCCCUGAAAAUUGUAAAUGAGACUGCCGUCAAAUUUGAUACAGAUUUACCAGAGUACAAAACACAGGGAGGUGUCCAUAUCCAUGAUGAUCAGGUCACAGUUACUGCCCCUACUAUUAUGUGGGUCAAGGCAUUUGACCUACUUCUGGAUAAGAUGAAGAAGGAUGGUUUCCCGUUCGACAAGGUGGCUGGUGUGUCAGGUGCUGGUCAGCAACAUGGAAGUGUGUACUGGAGAUCAGGAAGUGCUCAGAUUCUGAGAAAUCUCAGUGAGAAGACGAGCCUUCAUCAACAACUACAGAACUGUUUCUCAGUUCCUGAAUCACCAAUAUGGAUGGAUGCCAGCACAACCAAAAAUUGUAGGGAAUUAGAGGAGAAAGUUGGAGGACCUCUGAGACUGGCAGAGAUCACUGGAUCCCGUGGAUUUGAGAGGUACACUGGAAACCAGAUCAUGAAGAUUUCCCAGACGAGACCCUCAGAGUACAAAGACACUGAGAGGAUAUCAUUGGUCAGUAGCUUUGCAGCCUCUCUGCUGAUUGGGGACUAUGCACCAAUCGAUUUAAGUGAUGGGUCGGGGAUGAAUCUUCUGGAUAUUACAACCAAGAAAUGGUCACCAGAGUGUUUAGAGGCCUGUGGAGAAAACUUGAGUUUAAAGCUAGGAGAACCAGUUCCCUCCAAGCAAAUUGUUGGAAAUGUUAGCCAGUUUCUGAUUGGACGAUACAACUUCAGUCCAAACUGUAAGGUCAUAGCUUUUACUGGAGACAACCCAGCAUCGUUAGCUGGAGUGGCUCCAAAACUAGGAGAUGCAAUAAUUAGUCUGGGAUCCAGUGACACUGUCUUCUCUUGGUUACCACGGCAAAAUGCAGAGUUGGAAGGUCACAUUUUCGUUAACCCCAUCGACUGUGACACAUACAUGUCUCUUGUCUGCUUUAAAAAUGGAUCUCUCACUCGAGAGAGAAUUAAGGACGACUGUGCUGAGGGCUCAUGGGAGAAAUUUUCUGAAUACCUAACAAAAACACCCACAGGAAACAAAGGAAAUAUUGGAAUUUACUUUGAUGUGAUGGAGAUUCAGCCACUAGUUCAGGGAAUUUUCCGCUUUGACAGUGCUGAUCAAAAGGUGUCUUCAUUUCCACCUGAAGUAGAAGUCCGUGCUGUGAUUGAGAGCCAGAUGAUGGCAAGGAAACUCUACAUGGAGCUGAGGGGAAUGCAUAUUGGUCCUGACACUCGGAUUUUAGCCACAGGAGGGGCCUCUCUAAAUAGGGCCAUCUUACAGGUUAUUUCAGACGUCUUUGGUGCACCGGUUUUCGUCAGCGACAUCCCGAACUCGGCUGCCCUGGGAUCCGGUUACAGAGCAAAACAUGGGCUGGAAGGCUGUGACUUCUCUGAUGUUGUUCUGAAUCAUCCGCAGCCAGAGUGUGUGGCCCGACCCACAGAGGGCGCUAGUCAGGUAUACAAGGAACUUGGAAAAAGAUACAGAAAGCUAGAGCAAGCUUUAGGCAGUCAACAGUAGCUGAUACACGGACAGUGACGUAUAUAAAUUUUGACAAUGACAUUUUGAUGAAUCAUGGUGCUAUUUCUUGAGUGUAGGUUUCAUUCAUUAAAACUUAAUGAAAUGGACUACUCUUAUUCAUAUUUUUUGAUUACAUGUAAUUAUAUACAUGCAUUUGUUAUACUAUUCUGUAUUCUGUAGAAAAUAAAUGUUAAUUGUGAAAACAAGAAUUGAUGAAAUUAUUCAUUCUCUCUUUCUCUCUCUUUCCACACAUAUUUUUUUUAACUUGGUAAAGGUAUUAAAUCUCUCUCUCUCCACGCAUUUUCUUUAAACUUGGUAAAGGUAUUAAACCUACUUUUAUCUAUAUAAGUAAUUAAAUGCCAACAAGGAUACCUUGUUCUAAUCUGUAUGAUACUAACACAAAUUUAAUCAUGCAACUGCUUAAAAUUAAACACUUUGUAAAAGAACAAAAUAAUCUUGAAUUUGAUUACUUUAAGAGAAUAAAUGAGAUACAACUGUG